CUAAACUCAAAUAAUAAUAUUUACUUAGGUAUAAGAGUCAACUAUUGCGUAAUCUGAAUAAUAUUUGAUCUAAAUAUUGUAUGAAUUCCUCACACCCAUCGAAUAAUUCUCCUCAAAAACAACUAUUAACCAAGUAAAUCAAAGCGGCCUCAAUUCAAACAUGAAAAUGAAAAAAAAAAGGAAAACAGCCAAGGCUAUGACCUAGAAAUAGUUUUGGUAACAAAAAUUUUGUUCGUCAUUCUUGCAUGUCCAUAAGGAUCCAGAAUAUACAUAGCUCAUUUAGUGUUUGCGGUCUGGUCUGGUCAUUGAAUGUGUAUAUACUCCUGCCCCGAUAGUCUUGUACUUAUUCCAAUAAAAGUCUAUAUAUCUGGUGUUUGAUGUUGUUUCCAAGUCCAACAUUUAUAUUUAGGACAGCUCAUUUGCAUAAUAUGCAUAAUUGAGAUCUAGGGCAUCGCGUUAAAGAAAAUCGAAAGUUUCGACUCGACCCUUUCGAAAAAGAAAUGAAAACGUUGUUGCUUAGAAUAUAGGUAGGUGUUAUACUGUUGACCAACACAAUGGAUGAAAAAAAAUCCUUUCUAUGGAGUAGAGCACGCGCGAACUUACUCAAUGAACACACUAACAUAUAACGAGGACUCUUACUAAGUAAACUGGAAAUAUAGAAAAGAAAAUGCUCAAGGAAUCGUAACAUGUUUUGCCUCUGGCCAGUGAUGUACCUACUUGCAAUGCAAGGAUUCAUUCGAACGAACAAGUGAAAGUAAGAGCUGACUGCUGCUACUGACUAGUGACUGCCCAUCCGAGAGGAUUUAAGUUUUCAUGUGGAUAAUAAACGAAAACAAAACUAGUGAAUAUUCAAGAGUUUUGUUGAGAAGUUGUGCCUAAUCUCCUGGUCCUAAAUAAAUAUCCCGAACAAAUCCGUCAGCGUGACAACAGCAACAAGAGCGUUCUUCACUAUUGCACAGGACAAUCGGACCUCGUGGCUGCCGCAAGUGUUGCCGUCGCAGCUCCAGAUCUUCUGGAGUCUGCCGACGAGGAUGGGUUUACACCGCUUCACUUAGCUGUUAUUCAGGGUAACUUGGCUAUGGUCAAUUUACUUCUAGCGAACAAAGCUGAUGUGAAUGCGGUCGACAAUGAAGGACAUUCUGUUGUCCACUGGGCAACUGUUUGCGGUGAAGUUGAAGCAUUGAGAUCUGUUUUACAAGCAGGAGCCAAUGUCAAAACGCCAGAUAUUAAUGGAGGAAGUCCUCUGCACUACGCAGCCCAAAUGUGUGGAGCAAACUAUGAAAGCAAAUUGGGUUCAGCAACUUCAUCCAAACUAGCCUUUGAAAUAUUAGACAUUCUGUUAUCGCAUCCGCAGUCUUCGGUAGACAUCACCGACAAAGAUGGACGGAAGCCAUUGCUUUGGGCAGCAUCAGCUGGUUCGGCAAAGGCUGUCAUAGCUCUUGUCAAAGCCGGCUCAAGGGUGGAAAGUGCUGACAAAGAUGGCCUUACAGCACUCCACUGUGCUGCUUCUCGAGGGCACACUGAGUGCAUAGAUACAUUAAUCAGCUUGUGCGGUGCACCAACAGACCUGAUCGAUUCUAAUGGCUGCACAGCUCUUCACUAUGCAGUAACUCUUGGACAUGCAGAUGCCACAUCCCGGCUUUUAGACCUUGAAGCUGAUCCGAAUCGUCAAGAUAGAAAAGGUCGUACUCCCGCCCAUUGUGGUUGCUCUAAGGGUCAGCUAGAAACAGUCAAACUUUUGAAAGAAUGGGGCGCCAAUCUUUGGUUGAGAAAUGCAAAGGGGGACCUGCCGCUUCAUGAAGCUGCAUCAUCUGGUCGCAGAGAGUUAGUUGAGUGGUUCUUGGAACAAAAACCCAAGCAAGUCAAUACAACUAGCAACGAUGGUCGCAGUCUUUUGCAUAUUGCCGCUUCCAAUGACAAUACCGAUAUUUGUAAGCUCCUUCUUGACUAUGGCGCUGAUGUCAACAGCAUUUUGAGAAAUUCCAGAGGAGUUUCUAUCACUCCACUUGACUGUGCCCUUCAAAAAGGCUACAGGUCAACUGCAAAGUUCCUCCAAUCCAAUGGAGGACUGCCAGCAACUAAACUUCGUCUUUCAGCAAGACGCUCAAAUGCCUUCAAUGAUCAAGAACAAGUUAAACCUCUUAAAUACGUUGAAAAAGAGGAACUUCAAAACAUUAAAGAUUCAAAAAAGUGCAUAGUUUAUUCAAACCGCUCUGAGUCCGAAUCAGGCGGACGCUGCAGCUGCAAGGAGCACAUUUACAAAAAAGAACACACCUACAGUCACACCUGCAGGCAUCACAGAAAACGAUUUCGUCGACGUACCAGCAGCUGUGGAGACCCAAAAAACGUAUGCAGAGAAGACAGCUGCAGCGACAUCUGUCGCUCCAAAAGCAACAUCGAAAUUCACCGGAAGAAAUCCCGGGAGCGCGUCUUCACCAGUGAAAGUGAAGACUCAUGGGAAAACUGUUGCCAUCACCGAAAAAAGCACAAACUGAUGAAACGAAGGGAACGAACCUCACGUAGGACAAGGAGCAUUCAAGAUCUCCGAAAAUACAACGACGGAAAAAAUCAUCAAGAACAAGGGUAUGCAGACACCACACAUCCUGAUGCCAAAUUUACAGCCGAUGCCUCACAAAGACCUUUAUCACGUCCAUCUUCCAAUAAAACAUCAGACAAAAAUAACCCUCAAUCUGCCAAGAAACAGCAAACUGAUGAUAACGUUAAACACAUUCCACCCAUCCAACCAGUAUCCAUGAGCUUGACCGAUGACGAUGGAGAGACUGCGGAGCGGGCUGAGCAGGUGGGAAUCACUCAGGCGGACAUCCAUGCCAGUGCAGAGCCACAAACCACAGACACUCAUCCACUUACAAAUACAUCCGAAACUACUUCCAAAAUUCAGCAGCAACAGAAGGACCUCAACAAAGCUGAAGAAGUUGUGAAUGUUGAAGCUAUUUCAAAAGAAAUAAACAAAGUCUUAGAGACUGCCGCUGCCACCGCAGUAAAAACUGCGGUCGACAACGACGCCACCAAUCAAGAAAAAAAAUCAACUGGCGAUGGUCAUGUAACUGAUAGCACAACAACUGAAAUCCAAAAACCCCAAAAAAUAAUAGAAAACGCCUCUCCAAUUCAACCACUACCACCAGCAGACACAGUAAACGAACAGAAUAAUGAUGAAACUUCUGCAGAUAAACCCAAAGAGGACGAAAAGAAUUCAGCCGAACAAUGCACCAUUCAAUCUGAUUCCUCCAAACCCAAGGAUCCAACUGAAAGCAAUGAAAUUCCAACAUCACAACCCACUACGGAACCCCCAAAAAUUCAAGAAAUUCCGCAACAGUUGGCAUUGGUAUCCGAUAACGAGGGCAAGGAUUCAAAAGGAGGUGUUCGUCCUUCAGAUCAUCCAACAAAAGAAAAGCAAGAAAAUCCUUCUGAUGUCGAAGCACAGGCAAAAGCACAAAAAAAUGCUGCAGCAAUGAAAGGAGAUAAAGUUAGCCUUAACAAUGAGGUAUCACAGCCUAAAAUUGAAAAUAUAGUUUCGAAUGAAGUGGUGGCCACAACUCCACAACAGGCACAACCAGCACAAUUCAGUCAGCCAAUCCAGCCAACAAAACCAAAGCAAUCAAUUCAAUCUCCACCAGGCUCUAUCUCUGCCUCUCCAUCGGCCUCUGCAUCUCCGACAAACGAAACUACGCAAAACAUCCGUGACCAGGAAUCCCGUCGUUCCUUCACCCUGCUCCCUGAUUCACCCAUUGAGGUGGUCGAAGCUCAAUCGCGAAAGAGUAGCUUUCAAGUUUUGAAAAGCGAUGAAUCAGUGGACGUCGAUGAUGUCAUGGAACAACUGAGGGAAUCCGAUGUCAGGACUUUUCAAAUUGUUUCGGACGAACAAGCUAAAUCUGACUUUAAUGGCUGCGACCUAAGCAGCGACGGUGAAGCCGCAAUGGAUGACGAUGAAAACAUUGGUGACAUUGGGGGUGACCUCCCUCCCAGAGAGAGAGCAUUUACACCCCAUACCGCUGCUUCUGUGGCAGUCCAUAAUGGGCACAAUGAGUACAAUAAUGGCAGGAAGCGACGCCUAAAGAAACGCAUUAAAAGCGGUGGCACAAGAGGGCGCAGUUCACUCAAAGUGGCAUCCAGAGCUACAAAAACAAACCACCAGCAUCAUCAUCAGCAUCACCAACAACUCAAUAAAGACCAAGAUUCUGGCUUUGAGCCAAGUCCACGUGCGGCAAACACUAAAAUCCCUACACCCAGGAACACAUACACAGCCCAUGUACCACGAAAAGCCAUCUACACAACUCUGGAUGGCAGAUUUUGCAGCAGCCGCCUCGAGAACCGAAAGCCAGGAGACAAGGGUGCAUGUGAUAUGUCUGCUGUCACCCGUUCAAUUCAAAGGAAUAUCCGCAGAUAUUACAUGGAAAGAAAGAUAUUUCAACAUCUGUUGGAGCUAAAGGGCCUACAAAUACGUUCCAACAAGCUCAACGAAGCUGUCCUGGUGAAGCGUGCUGUUGACGAGUACCACAAAUCAUGCGUUGCCUUAGGGGGUGAGACUGGUACCACUCUGCGACGAUAUUCUUUCAGCGAGUAUACUUUUAAGAAUUUCGAGCUCUUUUUGUAUGAAACACUCAAAACUCUCCAGAGGCCGGGAACAUUUAAUUUUCAAAAUAUAAAUGAUGUCUACGAGGAGGCAGAAAGAAGACUUAGUCCGGACUAUAAUGCUUACGAAAAGGCCUUGCAGUGUACCACAAAAACUCAUAGAUGUUUGCAUGCAGCCCAUGCCUAUACGGGUAUCCCUUGCGCUGCAUACAUUCCCAUGAUGAAUCAUCAUACGAUGCCGAAAUUUGGCUUUGGACCUUACAAAAAGACCGGAGCCGGAAGUUUUUAUCUUCCAAAGAUUUUAAGCAGCAACCCCAGUUGUGGGAGUAAAGUCUCCCUAGAGCUGUCACAUGGAAAAAACAAACAGCUUAUAUCACUGCCUUCAGAGAAGUUGGAUAGCAAUAAACGCUAUUAUGUGACAUUUACUGUUAAAGAGUCUGGCGGAAAGCAACAAAUUCACCACCAGUAUCAACAACAAAAAGAACAUUCCGCCCCCACCACCACCACCAACACCGCCCACAGUGGGGAAGCGGCGGCUGCUUCGGCUGUUGGGACUGGCAGCGAGAAAACUUGCGACCAGAAAAAAACCAAACAGGACAAGGAUGACAAAUAGACAUCCUUAACUACUUACAUACAGAUACACAGCAAGAUUUCUACAAAAGUAUAUUACCAUCAACCUGCUAACUGCCAGUUUCAUGAAAGAAUAAUAAAGCUGGCAUAAUAAGGAUAUCGAGUUUGUAGAAAAGUCAAACUCAUCCAAAACAACACUUCACAUAUACAUCUUUAUAUAGGAACAAGGACAGGGAUAGAAGGGACAUACACGGACUACCUACACACAUUCAUAAAGAAGGAAUAGGUUCAUUAUAAUAAAGCGAACACCUGCCAAGGAUACUGUGUCCAGUUGUACAUUUAAGUUACCUAUAGCGACUAAGGAUGCUGAUUUUCUCAUUAGAAUGGCAAACAGGCAAAAAAAAAACAGAGGCAAAGGGACGAACUUUUACCUUGAGGAGCGCAAGGAUAUCUGAAAUUAUAUUUAUUCAAUGUUUUUAUUGCCAUUUUCCGUGUUUUUCCUUUUCUUUUUGUUUUUAUUUAUUUUAAUUUUCAGUGUUAUCUGGCUGUGUAUUAUAAAUAUACAAAUGUAUGUAUUUCUCUACACAGUUUUCUCGCUUAUACAUUAUAUAAUAGUAAUAAUAGCAAUAAAUAAAUAUGGUUGUUCAAUAAAAUGUCUUCUAACGAAAGCAACUAAAAUAUAUAGAAAUAAUAAAAAACAAAAAGGAAUAAACUGGGUAACUAGCACCUUUAUUGAGGUUAUUCCAGGUGGAUGAAGAACACAUUAA